UGUUGGGCAGAUGUCGUCUCGAGGUCGCGGAUACGGCGGAUACAGUGGGCGGGGCAGCUACAGUGGCCGAGCGAGCAGCGGAUACCGUGGCUCUUACCGCGGCAGUGGUGGCCGUGGCUCGUACGAGAGCCGCGGCGGACGUGGCGGCGGCUACUCUUAUAAUAAUGAGUCCCGAUACAGCAGCAGCGGUGGCAAUAGAUACGCCCCAAACAGGGAUAGGAUUGAAGAUUCCUAUAAAAAAUCGUAUAGAUCUGAGUCAACUGGUUAUUCCAAUCGGGAUUAUGGUGGUCGAUCUGGAUCACCUGAAAGGAAAAGGAUAAGAAUGGAGGGGUCCGGCGAUAGACGUAGCCACGAAGGCGGCGGACACUAUGGCGGGUCUUACAGCGGUAGACAAGAGAUGUACAGCGAGCGGCGCACGUUCGGUGGCGAGGACAGGAGGCGCUCGCCCAGCCGAGAGUACCGCAAGCCGAGCGCGAUGGGUCCGCCGCGCGAGCCGACGCGCUCGGCGCCGCGCAUGCGCGCCUCGCGCCGCUCCUUCCGCGGCCGCACGCUGCGCUCGCGCGCCCUCUACCGCGGCGCUCCGCGCUCGCGCCCCUCCUAUAGGCGAUUCGAAACCAGACCGCUGGGUUACACCCGCGCGUUCAGAUCUAUCAAGGGCCGAAGCUCUGUGAAGUCUAAGGAAGAUGAGGCCUCGUCAACUGAGGAAGAUUGGGAUGCUGAUGACAAGGAUGAAGCCAUUGAGGACAAAAAGGAAUCCAAGAUCAAGUCACCUAAGGCAGAAGACGACGUGGACGGGUCUGACGGGGCGAGCGAAGCGGGCGAGCCGGUCGACGACGGGGACACGGACAAGGAGCCCGACCUGCCCGGGGCGGAGCCGCGCAAGCGCCCGUACGUGCACCUGCUCUGUGUGCAUUGCAAGGACAAAUCCGCCACUUUCGGUGGCUACGCCAAGCACCUGAUGUCGAGCAAGCACCGCGCGGCCAUGAGCGCGGUGGCGCGGCGCCACAAGAUGCAGCUGCUGCGCAUGCGCGUGGCGCAGCGCGAGGCGCAGCGCUCGCUGGAGGCGACGGCCGGCGCCGACCUGGCCGCGCACACCACCUUCUGCCUCGUGUGCCGCCUCAACCACCGCACCACGCGCCUCGCGCACAACCAGAGCGACACGCACCGCGCCAUGAAGCGGUUCCUCAUGCCCUUCUGCCGCGUCUGCCGCCUCUCCUUCCGCUCGCCCAUGAUCUACGAGCACCACAUCUGCUCCCUGGACCAUCUCAAGAUAAAGGCGAACCGAACUAUUCGCCGCGCCAGCCCAAAGGAAGCUCAGGAAGGCAGCGGCGAAGAAGGCAUGGAUGUUGAUUUGGAUAACUUUAUGACUCUCGACUCUGUGGGUGAUGUUGAUGAGGUGGAAGAUGAGGACUCUGGCACUGAGAAGAAAGAUAGUGAGGCUCCCAAGAAACCCAAGGUGGAGAUUAACAUUGGCAGUGACCACAUUAAGAAGUUGGAGGUGUGGUGGUGCGAGCUGUGCCGCGUGUACCUGCCGCGCGCGGAGCCGGGCGGCGCGGAGGAGGCGGAGACGCUGCGCCGGCACUGCCGCCUGCGCAACCACCUCGGCCGCUACGUGCAGCACCGCGACACGCGCACGCUGCGCAAGCACGCCGAGCGCAUCCACCGCCAGCUGCACCAGCAGCGAGCUGAGGAAAACAAAGAGGCCAAUGAAGACGAUGCUGCUGAGAAAGUCAAAAUUGAGAAAACUGAACCUGCUGAAGAGAAGAAGAUUGAAAAUGGCGACUCUGUUAAUGCUACAGGAGAAGACAAACUGUGGGCUGAUGUGGACAAGGACAUUGGUGAUCUGUUGCGCGACGUGCGCCCCACCAACGAGGGCAGCGACGACGACGAAGAUCUUACGAGGUAUGACAAAUUCAGGAAGAGUGACAAGAAAGGCAAAGCUGAUGGCGAAGAAACAGAGACCACUGUGGCAGAGAGUCUUGAGAAACCUACUAAUGAAGUUACUACCCCAGCAUAAUUUUAUUUUGAUUGC